AGAGGAGGACUUAUCGAGCAGAAGGACAUCGUUAAAGCUCAUCAGGCUCACAAGAUACAGAGCACACCACAGGCACUACGCAAAGAAUGGGAAAUGGCUCGGUUCGGGGACGCGGUACCGGCGGUGCACGGCGCGCUGGACGGCGGAUCGGAGCGCAGUCGGACCCGGGAGCCUCCUUCAUCCUCCACCGGCGGAGUUUCUCCGGUGUUCAAGCAGACCAAAGCGCAGCGCGCGCGCACCAUGGCCCUGUACAACCCCAUCCCGGUCCGGCAGAACUGCUUCACCCAGAACCGGGCGCUCUUCAUCUUCAGCGAGGACAACGUGGUCCGGAAGUACGCCAAGAGGAUCAUCGAGUGGCCGCCGUUCGAGUACAUGAUCUUAGCCACCAUCAUCGCUAACUGCAUCGUUUUGGCUCUGGAGCAGCAUUUACCUGGAGAGGACAAGACGCCAAUGUCAAAGAGGCUGGAGAAAACCGAGCCGUACUUCAUCGGGAUGUUCUGCUUUGAGGCGGGGAUAAAGAUCGUGGCGCUGGGAUUCGUGUUCCAUAAAGGAUCGUACCUGAGGAACGGCUGGAACGUCAUGGACUUCAUCGUGGUGCUCAGCGGGAUCCUGGCCACUGCAGAAGCUCAUAUGAACAUCCCGGUGGAUCUGAGGACGUUACGAGCCGUUCGAGUUCUGCGGCCCCUCAAACUGGUGUCCGGAAUCCCGAGUCUGCAGAUCGUUCUGAAGUCCAUCAUGAAGGCGAUGGUUCCUCUGCUGCAGAUCGGCUUGUUGUUAUUUUUUGCCAUUUUAAUGUUCGCCAUCAUCGGCCUCGAGUUCUACAGCGGGCGACUCCACAAGACCUGCAUCCCUGAGCCUGAUAUACAGGAGAGUGAGAGAGUUCCGGAUUGGGAGGCAGAGUUUCCGUGUGGAGAUCGUCUGUGUCCGGAAAAAUACAGCUGUAACGGAUCGUGGAUCGGACCGAACGACGGAAUCACGCAGUUCGACAACAUCCUGUUUGCUGUGCUGACCGUCUUCCAGUGUAUCACCAUGGAGGGCUGGACCACCGUCCUCUACAACGCCAAUGAUGCUUUGGGUCCCAUGUGGAACUGGCUGUACUUCAUCCCCCUCAUCAUCAUCGGCUCCUUCUUUGUGCUCAACCUGGUGCUGGGAGUUCUGUCCGGAGAGUUUGCUAAAGAGAGAGAGCGUGUGGAGAACAGGAGAGCAUUUAUGAAGCUCAGACGUCAGCAGCAGAUUGAAAGAGAACUGAACGGAUAUCGAGCUUGGAUUGACCGAGCAGAGGAAGUGAUGCUGGCAGAGGAGAGUAAGAACUCGGGUCCUUCAGCUCUGGAUGUGUUGAAGAGAGCCACCACCAUCAAGAGGAGGGGCGUGGACACCAUCCGCCACGGCCCGGAAGAGCAGUGUGUGGAUAUCGCUUCUGUUGGUGGGCCGAUGAACAGGGCGAGUAUCCGCAGCGCUAAGCGAGGCCCAACGGCGUAUUUCCGGAGGAAAGAAAGGAUGUUGCGUAUCUCCGUCCGCCGCAUGGUGAAGACACACACCUUCUACUGGACUGUGCUCGGCCUCGUGGCCUUAAACACCAUCUGUGUGGCCAUCGUUCAUCACAACCAGCCCGAGUGGCUCUCCAACUUCCUCUAUUACGCAGAGUUUCUGUUCCUGGGUCUGUUUCUGACUGAGAUGUUCCUGAAGAUGUACGGUCUCGGCCCUCGACUUUACUUCCACUCCUCCUUUAACUGCUUCGACUUUGGAGUGAUUGUAGGCAGUAUCUUUGAGGUGAUCUGGAGCUUCUUCAGACCAGGAAUGAGUUUUGGGAUCAGUGUCCUGCGUGCACUCCGACUGCUGAGGAUCUUCAAAAUUACCAAGUACUGGGCGUCUCUGAGGAACCUGGUCGUAUCUUUGAUGAACUCCAUGAAGUCUAUCAUCAGUUUGCUCUUCCUCCUCUUCCUCUUCAUCGUGGUUUUUGCUCUGCUGGGCAUGCAGCUCUUCGGGGGAAGGUUCAUCUUUGAAGAAUUCACUCCUACUAACUUUGAUACGUUCCCAGCUGCCAUCAUGACUGUGUUUCAGAUCCUUACAGGUGAGGACUGGAACGAAGUGAUGUACAAUGGGAUUCGCUCUCAGGGUGGAGUUAAAUCGGGGAUGUGGUCUUCCAUUUAUUUCAUCGUCCUUACGUUGUUUGGAAACUACACACUUCUGAAUGUCUUCUUGGCUAUCGCUGUAGACAAUUUAGCCAACGCUCAAGAGCUCACCAAGGAUGAAGAGGAGGAAGAGGAAGCAUUUAAUCAGAAACACGCACUGCAGAAAGCGAAAGAGGUCGGCCCGAUGUCGUCCUUCAUAUCCUCAGAGCGGAGGAGACGGCCGUAUCUGUACAGGAAGCGCGUGCUGAUCCACCGCGGCCGUACGGCUUUCUCUCUGGAGGAGUCAGACAGUUUCAGCGACGCUCCUCCACUCAAUCCCUCUCGCUCUUUCAUGUCCAGGAGAGAAAGACGCCGGCGUCUGACCAUGUCCGUGUGGGAGCAGAGGACCAGCCAGCUCCGGCGCCAUCGCCAAACAUCCAGUCGAGAAAUCCUCUACGGCUCGUCCGUGUGCCACCAUCGGAAACUCGCACACUCUGCCGAGAUCCCACACUCGCCAGAGAUCAGUUCCACUCUCGACCCGCUGGAGUCUCUGGAGCCAUCCAUGGACGAGCAGAACAUCUCCAUCCCGUUGCCAGAUCCUCCUGAAUCCAAAAACUCAAAUGCCAAAGAUCUGUACGGAAACACCGCACACACGCACUCAGAGCUCAGCGCCACUCUGGAGCUUCUGGAUCCUCUAGACCCGGCGAAAAAAGAGCACAACAUCGAUAACGCCCAGUUACCCGGAAACGCCUCGGAGGAAUUUCAGGAUAAAAACCACUUGAGCGUCCGGAGGCCGAAUGGCGAGCGGAGACACCGAGGGACGCGUAAAUACAGCAAAUACAGUAAACACAGCAAACACAGAAACUCAGAAACGCACCAUCAAUGGCAUGACGAGCCGAACGCUGACGAGCGCAGCCACUCCACCAGCCCAGAACAGAGGACAAGAAACGAAGGUGAGGAAGAGGAGGAGAAGAAGAGCAGCAGCGAUGGAGGAGUCUGUCAGGAUGACAGGACUGCUGAGGACAGAGAUCUGGCCACAGACCCGGAGCCGGCCACGCUCCAAAUCACCGACAGCACGAUGCUGGAGUCUGUAGUAACCGGGAAGGCGGCUACUGAGGGAGAAAACAACAACAACCAAGACAAAACGUCUCUCAACACCAAUGUAGUGAUUGAAGACAUGGACACCACGCCUGGCCUGGAGCUCUCCACCAUUACAACAAACAGUAAAGACCUGGAGCCUUCAAAAUCUGAGAAGGAAGAUGAGGAAGCAGUGAAUCGUUCGAGAACUCCCCCAGACAGCAUGUUCAUCUUCAAACCCCACAAUCCGAUCCGCAGGGCGUGUCAUUAUGUCGUUAAUCUGCGUUAUUUUGAAAUGUGUAUCCUGUUGGUCAUCGCUGCGAGCAGUAUCGCUCUGGCAGCUGAAGAUCCAGUGGCUGCAAACUCAGACUGGAAUAAAGUGCUGCGCUACUUUGAUUACGUGUUCACUGGAGUUUUCACAUUCGAAAUGAUCAUUAAGAUGAUUGAGCAGGGCCUGAUCCUUCAUGAUGGCUCUUAUUUCCGUGAUCUGUGGAACAUUCUGGAUUUCAUCGUGGUGGUUGGAGCGUUGGUGGCAUUUGCUCUCACGAAUGUAUUGGGGAAUAAUAAAGGUAGAGACAUUAAAACUAUUAAGUCUCUGCGAGUGCUGCGAGUUCUCCGGCCUCUGAAGACCAUUAAGCGACUUCCUAAACUAAAGGCCGUGUUUGACUGCGUGGUCACGUCUCUGAAGAACGUCUUUAACAUCCUCAUCGUCUAUAAACUCUUCAUGUUCAUCUUCGCCGUCAUCGCCGUGCAGCUGUUCAAGGGAAAGUUCUUCUACUGCACCGACGGCUCCAAGGACACGGAGAAAGACUGUCAGGGUUACUACAUCGACUACAACAAAGACAAGAAGGAGGUGAAGAAGCGCGAGUGGAAGAGACACGAGUUUCACUACGAUAACGUGAUCUGGGCGUUACUCACACUCUUCACCGUCUCUACAGGAGAAGGCUGGCCUCAAGUUCUCCAGCACUCGGUGGAUGUGACAGAUGAGGAUCAGGGUCCGAGUCGAGGGAACCGGAUGGAGAUGUCCAUCUUCUACGUCAUUUAUUUUGUGGUUUUCCCAUUUUUCUUUGUGAACAUCUUCGUCGCUCUGAUCAUCAUCACCUUCCAGGAGCAAGGAGACAAGAUGAUGGAGGAGUGCAGCCUCGAGAAGAACGAGAGGGCGUGUAUCGACUUUGCGAUCAGUGCUAAGCCGCUAACACGCUACAUGCCGCAGAACCGCCACACGUUCCAGUAUCGACUGUGGCACUUUGUGGUGUCGCCAUCGUUUGAGUACACGGUGCUGACCAUGAUCACACUCAACACCAUUGUCCUCAUGAUGAAGUAUUAUUCGGCUCCUCCUGUAUACGAUGCUGUGCUGAAACACCUCAACACUGCCUUCACUGUGCUCUUCUCUGUCGAAUGUGUUCUGAAGAUCUUGGCAUUUGGUUUUAUGAAUUAUUUCAGAGACACUUGGAAUAUAUUCGAUUUCAUCACAGUUCUGGGAAGCAUCACGGAAAUCGUGGUCGACCAGCAGUCAGCUUCCUUUAACAUGAGCUUCCUGAAGCUGUUCCGAGCGGCUCGGCUUAUAAAGCUGCUCAGGCAGGGAUACACCAUCCGCAUCCUGCUCUGGACUUUCGUCCAGUCCUUCAAGGCUCUGCCGUAUGUGUGUUUGCUCAUCGCUAUGCUCUUUUUCAUUUACGCCAUUAUCGGCAUGCAGGUUUUUGGGAACAUCAAGCUGAAAGGGGAAACUCACAUCAACCAACACAACAACUUCAAAAGCUUCUUUGGUGCCUUGAUGUUACUCUUCAGGAGUGCGACGGGAGAGUCGUGGCAGGAAAUCAUGUUGUCGUGUUUAGGAGGUCAGGAGUGUGAGUACGACGACCAGUCUCCCCCCCCACCAUCCGAACCUGAUGGAGGAUGUGGCACUGACUUCGCUUAUUUCUACUUUGUCUCCUUCAUCUUCUUCAGCUCCUUCCUGAUGUUGAAUCUGUUUGUAGCAGUGAUUAUGGAUAAUUUUGAAUAUUUGACGCGUGACUCCUCGAUUCUCGGUCCUCAUCACCUGGACGAGUUUGUGAGGAUGUGGGGACAAUAUGAUCGAGCGGCCUGCGGCAGAGUUCACUAUAAGGACAUGUACAAAGUAGUGCGCACUAUAUCGCCCCCUCUGGGCUUUGGGAAGAAUUGCCCCUACAGGGUGGCAUGCAAGAGGCUGGUGCUGAUGAACAUGCCGGUGGACGCAGAGAUGACGGUUCACUUCACAUCCACUCUGAUGGCCCUGAUCCGCACUGCACUGGAGAUCAAGAUUGCACGAGGUGGAGAAGACCGAGGACAGAUGGACAUUGAGCUUCAGAAAGAGAUCAGCAUCAUUUGGCCACAUCUCUCCCAGAAGACGCUGGACCUGCUCGUGCCCAUUCAUAAAGCGAGUGACAUGACGAUUGGGAAAAUCUACGCUGCCAUGAUGAUCAUGGAUUAUUACAAACAGAGCAAAGCUAAAAAACUCCGACAGCAGCUGGAGGAACAAAAACACGCCCCGAUGUUCCAGCGCAUGGACGCCUCAUCGUUACCGCAGGAAAUUCUGUGCAGCGCUAAAGCUCUGCCGUUCCUCACACACAGCGCAGGAAAUGCUCUGACGAGAGGAGGUUUCGUGGCAUUGAGUCCCAUUUCUCCUCAGGAACUGUUCAUGCAGCCAAUCACACCUGAGCAAGAGGAGGAGGGGUACACACCCCACUACAGACCUCAGCACUCUCCCAUCACGGUGAACUCGGAGAAGAAGCUGAUGAAGCGCUCAUUCUCCACCAUCGGAGAUCAGUGUGUGAAUGGUGUGUGGCAGGAAGAGUUCUCUCUGGAGAGAGUGAGUCCUGAUCGCCUGGAGAGACCGCGACAGCGCAGCUUCAGAGGCGUGAGGUCGAACUUCAGAGAGCCGGUGUGUAAGGAGAGAGGACGCUCAAAGGAGAGGAAACGCCUGCUGUCACCUGAUCCAUCACGCUGCAACUCUGAGGAGAGAAACCAACCAAGAACACACGACAUACAGCACGCACACACACGCUCACCCAGCGAGGGGAGAACACACGCCCAGGGUGACACUUCUGAAAGUCCACUUCCUGCUUCCUCAGACUCCAGGGGGCGUCGCCAGCUUCCUCAGACACCCUCCAGGCCCCGCCCACACAUCUCCUAUUCACCUCUGGUGUGCCGCAGUCACCUGACCACUCAGGAUGGCCAAUCACGGACACAGUCUGCCUUAGAAGGGGUGGGGUCUGUGUUAAGCCCCACCUCCCCGCAGCGCUACACCUCGGAGCCGUAUCUGCCGCUGCACGAUGACUCCAACAGUCCAGAGGAGAUGCUCACUUUUGAGGCUGCCAUAGCAACCAGUCGAGGGCGUGGCCAUGUCGUAAGCUCCGCCCCUCAGCUGCGUCACACGUGGCAGAUGCCUAACGGGCAUUUCCGCAAAGGCUGCGAGCUCCUCAGUGACACGGACGAGGACGACCGCUGCUAGAGAUGGUGGGGUGGGAGUGGGCGGAGCCUCGACAUGAGCCAAUCAUGUCUAGACAUUUCUUACUGGCAAUUUGUCCAGGACAUUUCAGAAGUGCACUGCCAAAAAUGUCACAAGGCAGAAACGUGGCGCAUCUGAUUUCACUGAAGUAACAGGAGUGGAGCUUAAGUUCAAUUUCAUUUCGCCAAUCGUGAACUUAAUCACAUGACAUCAUUACAGGCGUUUAGCUAAAGAUCACUAAGAUUGCUAAGAUCGCUAGUCUGCUAGCAAACACGUCGACUAGAUGAAAGACACACAGUUAACAGUGACAGAACAUUCGCUGAGCUACUACUGAACAUCCGAGUGCAGGAGGAGGAGGAGAGCUCAUUAACAAACAACAUCUCAUUACCAGUAAUGUCAUGAGAUCAUCAGCUAUUGGCCAAAGAAAUGCAGCUUAAGCUCUGCCCUUGAUGGCCUGUCAGAGAGAAAGAAAGAAAGAAAGAAAGAAAGAAAGAAAGAAAGAAAGAAAGAAAGAACAGAAUGAUGGAAAAAGAAAGAGCUUAUUCAACAAACCCAAAAAAUAAAGAAAAAAAGCACAUUUGUGACAGAAAUAAAAGAGAGAAAUUUGAUGUAAGGAAUAAAUGAAGAAGGGAGUGAAACAGAACAGAAGAAAGAAAGAAAGAAAGAAAGAAAGAAAGAAAGAAAGAAAGAAAGAAAGAAAGAAAGAAAGUGUGUUCAGCAGGAUGCGGGCGUUUUAUUGUGUGAUUUACUGACUGAUAUCUGGAUGAAGAACACUAAAGUCAGUGUUUUCAGUUCAUCAGAACGAAGGAGCGACGAGCAGGAAGUGUGCUGGCGUUAUUUUUUACUUCAGCAGGAUGACGUUCUCCUGCUGGAGCUCAGAUACGGAACAGGAGGAAAAAAACACUCCUGAAGAUCUGCUGAUGUUCCUCCUGAAGCUGUUUGAUCAUAAACUCACUCAGGAUCUCCAACUCCUCGACAGAGGCUCAGACGUUUAAUCAGCAGCCAGUGGAUCAAGAGAGUGUGUGUGUGUGUGUGUGUGUGUGUGUGUGUGUGUGUGUGUGUGUGUGUACAGUGUUUACCUGCUCUGUAUGCUGCAGUGUGUAAAUUCUUGUGUUUCUGAUCAUCAGAGUCUCAGUGGCUCCGUUUACAUGCAGAGAUUCUCAUCAGUCCGGAGCUUCUGAUUGGUCGGCUGCUGUAAAGUAUUAUGACAUCAUAAGCUGGCAGUUAGAAUUCAAAUUUAUUUUGUUUCAAUAAUAAUAAUAAUAAUAAUAAUAAUACCUCAAAUCAGGAAAAAGUUGGGACAGAAUGUUGAGUUGAAAUUAAAAUUAAAACUGAAAAUUAUUUGUAAAUAAUCUUUGAACUGUAUUUCACUCAAAACAACAGUACAGGUUCGUCAUUAUAUUUUUCAUUUCUAAAUUCUCUACCCAUUCUCUAUUGGGGUCAGAGGGGACACGCCCUCUUCUUCCACAGCCACGCCUUUGUAAUGUGAGCAGAAUGUGGUUUUGCAUUGUCUUGUUGAAAUCUCCCUGGAAAAGACGUCGUCUUGCAGGCAGCAGAUGUUGCUCCAAAAUCUCAGUGGACUUUUCUGCAUUAAUGCUCCAUCACAGAAGUGUAAGUUACCUUCGCCAAGGGCACUGACCCAACACCAUACCAUGACACCCUGGCUUUUGGACUCGUUCCUGCUAACAGUCUGGAUGGUCCUUUUCCUCUUCAGAGCACACGGCAUCCAUUUCUUCCAAAUACUGACGAAUACUGAUCCGUCUGACCACAAGCCACAUUCCCACUGUGCGAUGGUCCAACCCACAGCCCAUGUGGUUCUAUCAGCUGGAGAUGAAUGAUGGUUCUUGAUGCUGUCUGGGGGAUCAGAGAUCACAGGGGUUCAGAUUAGGCUUGAGCCCUUGAACUUUACACACUGAAACGCCUCCAGAUUCCUUGAAUGGUUUAAUGAUCUUCUGCACCGUAGAGGGUGAAAUAUCCAAAUCCCUUCCUGUCUUUCUUUGAGGAACAUUGAUUUUAAACAUUUCAAUAAUUUUCUCACAGAUUUGUUGAUAAACUGGAGAUCCUCGGCCCGUCUUCACUCCUCAAAGACUCGGCCUUUCCUGGAGACUGAUUCUGUACCAGAUCGUGAUUACAGUCACCUGUUUCACAUCACAUCAUUAUUUAAUAGUUGUACCUCAUUACUCGCCUUAAAUUUCCUCGUCCCAACUUUUUUGGAAUGUGCUGCAGGACUGAAACGCAGGAAUGGAUGGAUAUUAACAAAUGAAAUGAAGUCGACCAACAAAAUAUGAAAUAUCUCGGGUUCAUUCUGUCUGUAAUGAAAUACAAGUCAAAGUACAUUUACAAAUCACUGAUUUAUUUUUUUAUUUGUAUUUUUCACACCGUCCCAACUUUCUGUUUACAUCACGCUGGGAUUCUGGUGACUACGAGACAAAGACUCUGAUUCAGAAGUGAGCCGUUUCUAUGGAAACACACACAGAGCUUUAACAUCACACUAAUUUGCCGAAAUAAAGUGAAGCUUUCAGAAAAUUCCUCAGUGGUUAUAGGGAGGGAAAGUAAUCUCAUCGCCCCCUACUGGAUGCGUUCCAGCCUCUAUGGCAAAAUGAAUGGGAAUAUCUUUUCAAAAAAUUACAUUUCGGGUUACACUUCAAAGUUAAGACAAUGGCUUCCAUAUGUUGUGCAUGUCGGACAGCUCUAUCGAUCCUGGUGAUCAUACUUUAUUUUUUCCACCGAUUUGAAUUGUUUUGAAUGUUUUUUAAUAAGCUGAUCAAAGACUACACGGACCCGACAUCGCGUAUGUGACGUCACCGCAAGUCUAGCACCUUUCCAAAUCUGUAGCAGGUAGCGGCCGGCGAGCAGCCUACAUCAACAUGCCCAUUUGUAUAGCGUGGUUGGUGGAGUAUUUCUGUACCAAUAAGAAAUGCAUCCCUCAUGGGGAUAACCAUUACAGAUCAGAUAGCUAAGCCUACUGCUGACGUAAUGAGCCACUCUGACUAGACAGUUUGGUUGUAGUCCGUUUCUGACAGGUUAGGCGCAAUUUCGAUCUUUUAAAAGACAGCGAAAUUUCACCUGAUACUUUCACAGUUAGUAGAUAAUCCCAACAUAUACAACAUAUUUUUUUGGGGUGUACAAGUUCCACGUCAUAACUUCGUGGGAUCUUUUUAGAAAUCGGGUCUAUGGGAUUUUCAAUAGUACGGCUCUCGGCUUAGGAACGCUACCACUAGGAUCAUGCCUGUGAAGAUUCUCAGUCAUCCAGGUCAUGGUAAACUGUGGGCACAAAACCCAGCUGUUUUCAGUGACUCACAGGAGGACAGAGAGAAUCAGCAUUCCAUUGAUCAUCCUAACGGGCAAUCCAUUGAUCAUCCUAAUGACUCUCGAGGCCGUUCACAUCCAGCCCCCAGUGACCCACACCAACAGGAUGACUCAAUGACACCUUAGAUGAGCUUUUCAUCCAUGAGAGGAUAAAUACCUGAUGCUCCCUACCAGUCAGACAGAACUGAAGAAGCCUUUCGGAUGAGAGGUGAAACGUCUUCAAGAAUCUUCAAGCAAGUCCAGUUGCUCUCUUUUACCACCCACAGUUUACCACUAGGAUCACUCACUACGUUUACAUGCACAUAGAGAGAAUCGAAUUUCUGCCGUUGCUCGACUGAAAUCGAAGUUCAAAAUGCCAUGUAUACACCUUAAUUCGGCUGAAAUUGAACCGAACUUGAUUUCUCGGAAUCGAGCUACACGACCUAGAUUAUGCGAUUUCUGCCGAGCUACUUUGUGCAUGUAUACCCUAUCGAGCUAGUUGUCGAGCUACUUCCGGAAGUGACAAGUGACGAGACCACAAGCGGGAAACACAACAGCCUCGGUCGGCAUGACAACAGUAGUAGCGAGCAGCAGAAGAGGUCAGGAGGAACAAACGGAGAAGAGAAAAUGGCGAUGUAGAGCUCUCUGAAGUGUGGGUGGAGCACAGAGGACGGCAGGACAAAGCUUCUGGUACUAAUAGGCUUUUUAUUGUCAGACUUUUCAGUUUAACAGCCUACUUUUAUUCUUGAGAGAAAAAAAAACACACACACACACACGCGCGCGCGCUGUGUUCUAGUCCCGGGAUGAGCUCUCCCCUCUGCUCUCCCUCUGCCUCCUUAAAUAGGGCGCGGUUACUGGGAAGACACACAAACAGGUUAAUUACCGUCAGGUGUAGUUAUUCUGCCACUCACCUUCCCUGGCUCCGCCCUCCUGUCACAGACCGGCGCUUGACCACGCCCCCACUGCCACAGGCAAGCAGAAAUGUGCACUUCUGGAGCAAUGAGGAGACAGAGUUCAUGCUCAUUCAGCUUAAGGAGUUGAAUAUAUUAAAAUUCAUGGACAGGAGAAAAACGCGCAAUGGAGAACAUGAACUGAUAACUUUGUUUACACUCUUGAAUAGCUCUUCUUCAUGACGACAACCGGAAGUGUACCAACACGAUGGGGCGUGUUGCGCCACCUGUGGCUCGGGUGCACAAUGCACCUCACACAAUAGCCCGAUUUCAGUUGUGUGCAUGUAGGAUUGGAUUUCUCUGGCACCCUGCUGGGACCUUCACCUCGAUUACCGACAGCAGCUCGAUUUGGAUGUGCAUGUAAACGUAGUCAGUGUGUUUCACUUUCCCUCCCUAUAGACAGAAAGAAAGAAAGACCUUUGAUGUUUGACACCUAUGAGAAAGAAAGAAAGAAAGAAAGAAAGAAAGAAAGAAAGAAAGAAAGAAAGAAAGAAAGAAAGAAACCUCAGAAGGAAGUGAUGAGACGACAAAUGGAAGAUUAAAGUCAAGGAAGGAAAAAGGAAGCAAAAAAUAAGAACAGAACUGAAAGAAAGAUGUGAGCGAGAUUUCGUAAUGACCUCCAUUCUGAUGUGAUGUAAACGCACUAUUAGUGUCACUGUUGCCAUAACAAGGAGACGCACAUCCUGCAGUAGUGUAACACGUAGCUAACGUUAGCCAUGUUCAGUUGCCCCAUCUCGAGUUAUUCCAUGGAUUAAACACCUCUUCUGAUUGGACAGGAAUGUUCCUCCGGACCACCAUCACUCUGUUCUUUCAGCUCCUCGGCGUAAACGUAGCGGCUGACACGUGAUCGGAAUGACCCGAUAAACAACCCUUUAACUGCAGACGUGAUUUUGGCGAAACGUCUCGGCUGUGUAACAGAACGGAACAGAGAUUUAUGUCACACGCUGAAAAGCCAUGUUCUAAUGUAAAUAAUCUCAAGUGUCUUACAGGCGUGUGUUUAUCUUUCCGUUAUGAUGACAUUCCUAUGGCUGUUCACGUACAUUCCGAUUUUGCAGAGUGAACUUAAUUACGUGAUUAAAUGUGGUUAGAGAAAUAAGAUCUGAGAGCUACUGCUAUAGAGCUAACCUCAACAUUAGCAAAGCUAACUCAGCAGCUGGCUAAUGCAAGCGCUAGCUGGCUCGCUCAGCUAAUAUCGCUACACAAACACCAGUGUUUUAUGCUAAUCAUUGCAUCAAGAUGAAGAAUGUAAGAAAUAUGGAAAGAUAAAAGAUUGGUUUGUGAUUGGCUGAGCCAGUGUGUCUCAAGCUCCACCCCUGGUUGACCAUGUGACAUCACCAUCACUCAGCUAAGUCAGGAUGUGUGUGUGUGUGUGUGUGUGUGUGUGUGUGUGUGUGUGUGUGUGUGUGUGUUUACACACAGAGACAGAAGAAAUCAGCUGAGUUUGUUUUUAUGAAAGAAAGAAAGAUGAAAUGAAAGAAGUAAAAAAAGAAACAGAAAACAUGAGGUAAAGAAAAGGGGAAGUACAGAAAGAAAAACUGAAUAACAGAAUAAAGUGAACUGAAAAAAUGGAAGGGAAAAGAAGAAAGAAAGAUGGAUUGAAUGAUAGAACAAAGUAAAAAAAUGCAAGCAGCUGAAAUGAGGAAAAGAGAAAAGAAAAAGCUGAACAGAAAAAAAAACAAAUGGAAAGAAAAGGCAGAAAAGCAAAGCAAAAAUAUAGAC